ACCCGUGAAUUCGUGGAAAGAACUUUUAAGGAUUGACGGUCCGGCGAAAAGUUGCCGCAGCUACAAACAAGCGAUUUAACCAGUUGCGUUAUAAUGAACAAUGUUUGGAUUUAGACAUAUUUUGUCAAAUUAGAUGUCUUAGUUCACAAUGGCGGGUUGGAUGAACGAUAGUUGGCCAAUGCAAUACCUUAUACCAGAAACUCGACAGGAACUUGCCGAUAGACUAGAUGUCGUUUCACCACUUGGUCUUGGUUACCCUAUGUUUGCAGCUGCACUUCGUAUAAAUAACCGUCAGGCUUAUAUAACAAGAGACAUAGAACUUAUUAGGGUACGGAGCCAGCCUGGAAGUCCAACAUUGGCCCUGUUGCUAGACUUCGAGCAAAGAGGUGGAACUCUUCAGGCAGUUCAAAGUGCCUUGGAAAGAAUUGGACAUGUUGCUUCAAGCAUUAUUCCUACAUAUCUUACAACUCUUUCUAUGCAAUUAGAAAAUGUACAAGCCUCUCAGUCUAGGGUUGACAACGGAAUAUAUCCAUCAACGCCGAAUAGUGGUUUUCAAAAUACUGAAUUCACACCAUGCAACUGUCCAAGAUGCCAAACUCAAGACCAAUCCUCAUAUGAACGAUCAAAUACAGAAGUGUCUGAACAAAGCGUCCCUAGAGAUUCAGCAAAGAUUGAAUCUUCUAAAGCUACAAAGAGGGUAAAACGAAAGGUACGGACAUCUAGAUCUUCAACUGGUGAUCCUAGUAUAGACUCAUUUCCUCCAAAUGGAAGAAAGUAUGUAGUUGAAACUUUACCCGGAGAAACAAGGUGUCCACCGAGGGUGUCUUGUGAUUGCGAUGAAUGUAGGUUACGUUCAGAUCCAGACCAAACCCAACGAUUUACUCUUGAGAGUCAUCCAAAAAUUGAAUGUGUUUUAAGAAAUGACCUAAUGCGACAGUCAUCACACAAUACAGGACACUUAGAAAGCGGAUUGUCACAGCUUUAUUUGGAUUCUGAUGAAAGUGAAGAUAUAUCAGUUGAAAGUUCUGAUGAAACAUUUGUGAAAAGUGCCUUAACUGAAUCACAAAGUACGGAUAGAGUUAGAGAGUCGGUACAAAAUGCCCCACUUGAAAAUCUUGCAAAAAACGGUAAUAAAUUAUGUUCCAGGUCUGAUAAUGGAAAACAUAGACUCGGUGAAAUGCCAGAAAGUUGCCCAGUUUGUAGAAACCAUGUAGGAGCUAUACCUAAGGAUAGAUCAAAGACAAGAAACAAUUCUAUUACUUAUAAAAACGAACAACAAGACGCAGAUCUAAGGAAAUCGUGGCAUGGAACAUCGAAAAACAAACCUGAUGAAAUGUUGAAAUCAUGGUCCGACUCCUCACUAAGCCCCACACAACAUUUUAAAACGAACACGCAUAAACAAAAUCAUGACAAUCCAAUAGAUGAAACAAUUUAUAGCAGAAUAUCGCAAGGAUCAAGUGGUCCAAGGAGUGCACGAAGUUCUGUCGGUGGCAAUGAUUCUGUCCAUGAAGUUUAUCAAAACAACUUAGAAUCAGCAGGUGGUGUGAGAAACAAUUUAGAUGACUCAAGGAACAUUGUACCAAGUGAUUCUUCUAACUCCACAGGUGUUCAGAAUCAAGCGCCUGCUGCACGCAUAAGAACGAUAUCCAGUAAUUCAAAUGACAGUGCAUCGGAUGAUAAUUCUAAUGCUACUUCUUUUAAUCCAUGGGUGCCUUUCUCGAAUGCUGAAAGUGAUCAACACAGAGGAAGAUCUGCAAUGAACGGUCAACGAGGGCCUAAAGUAUUUGUUACAUACGCAUGGAAUGGAAAUACCGAUUCAGAUUCCUUUAUAAAAGAAGUGGUUGAGAUGUGUAUUGCUCUACGUAAUGUGGGUGUCAGAACAAAAAUAGACAUGGAUGAUAGUUCAUAUUAUGCAUUGAGGCUUAACAAACUGGACUGGAUAGAACGAAACGUGCGAGAGGCUAAAUACAUAAUUGUAUGUAUUACUCCAACCUAUAGAGCUGAUAUAGAACCUGUUCCAACUAACAGUAACCAGGCCUCACCGAGGACCAGUCAGUUAAAUGCUAGAUACAUUUUUGAUAUGCUGCGUGGAGAGUAUUAUAACAACUCGUCACAAAACAGGAGAAUUAUCCCUGUGAUAUUUCCAAAUCACCGCACUACUCACGAACACAUACCUACUUGUAUGCGCUCCACACUUAUUUAUGAAUAUCCUAACUGUAUUGCACAAAUAAUUGAAGCAAUAUUGGGUCAUGGUAGGUAUAGACCUUCGUGAUUAUUAUGUAAGUGUGGAAACUUUGCUCCAGAACCAACUUAUCAUUGGAGACCUUGCUCAAAGCGGACAAUUCGGACAUUGUUUAUGAUGUUAAAGACUUGCUCAAAGCGGACAAUUCGGACACUGUUUGUGAUGUUAAAGACUGGCUCAAAGCAGAUGAUUAGGACGGGCAUUUGGUACGAUUUUCUAGAUUCCACCAGAUAAUUGUAAAGCUCUCAAUUUUUUAAAGUGCUAAACUGGUAGACAAUAACAUUAUUUUGUUUUGCUACGUCAAACUUUUCUUGAAUUGGCAACGUGUAAAUUUUUUCUUUAUUGACAUAGACAGAUAAAAUGCUGUAAAUAUAUUAAAGUUGUAAACAUAUUAAAGGAAAACACAGUGUUAUAACGUUGGAUGGACUAUAUUGAAAAAAAAAUAUUUAUAUUACAAGAUAUUUUUACAAAAGAAACAAAACAACAAACAAAAAACCAUCACGGAUUAAAGGACGAGGUUAAAAUUCAGUAAUUUCUACUUUUAGUUUCUUUGAAUUAAUAUGGUUGAUAUCAAGCAAACAUUUAUUUUUUCGAAAUUUCCGAAAAUUAGCAAAAUGUAAUCUUCACUAAAAUUUCUGAUUGUAAAGUACCGGAGAUGGUGUUAACAAGUCAAAUUUAAUUAUUACUUUCACAGACUUUUUUGCAAAUUGUUUUUCUUUUUUUAGAUAAAUCGAUAUACUAUGCUCAUCCAUGUGUAAAAUAUUUAAAUCGUAAAAGUGUAUUGAAAUCUAUGAAUUUCUUACUGAAUAUGUCUAAGAUUAAUAAAAGAAUGUACAAACAAAAUGUAUGGGAAGCUGCAUUCCCUAUUACAAGUCAAAAGCUGAUCAUUUCUUUAAAAGAUGCCAGUUUUUUUAAUAACACAAUAUAUAUAUGUAUACUGUGACAGCCUAUAGUGAGUAGAGUUUUAAACAUAACGUAUCAACUUUGUAUUAAGUCAAAACAUAUGUUAUUCUAUAUUUACUAAGUGACUGUGCAGUUAUUAUCAAUAACGCCUAUUUUAUCAAAUUUGAGAAUAGUAUAUAUUAAACAUAAUCUAUUGGCAAAUACCCCAAAAGUACACCUCGCUUUAAAAGCUAUUCAGUAGGGUACAGUCUAAAGAGCUUUUGAAAAUGCUUGGUAGAUUAUAAUUAUCUUUUAUAAAGUUAAAUUUCCCACAUUGAUGAAUGUGUUUUGUUUUUGUAUGAGAUGAUUCCCAUUUCUCUUUUCCAAAAAAACCGCUAGAUCUUUUUACAACGUAUCAUCAAGGAUUUUUUUCUUAUGGUCUCUCCAUAAAUGCUGAAUCAUUUUCAUGAUUUUGUUUUGUCGUCGCCACAACAGGACGAAAUUUAUACCUCGUAAAAUUAUUUCAACUCGAUUAGUCAGAUUAUUUGGCAUAUCUCUUAACAGAAAUAUUAAAUUUAAAUUUAUUUUUUUCUGAAUGAAUAACGAAGUCAGAUACAUGUAUAUGCUAAACCUUUUGAAAAGAAGACUGACUAUCAAAGCGUAUGUAUAAGCAAUAAAAUUUUUAGUUUGAAUGACAUUAAUAGCUUGAAUGACUUUGAAAGACCGAAUGACCUUAAAAUAAGUUUAAGGCAUAAUAAAUUUUAGAUCAAGGCAAUAUGCAAUUUUUUAUUUGAAAAAAAAAGCUAUUUUUGUGAAAACAGUGAACAUGUAUUAUGUUUGGCGAUUAUUUUCGUGGUAUAUUUCCCUGGUUUUAGCUUUAUAUUAUUUUACGCCUAUUUCAGAAUAUCACAAAUAUACUUACAUUAUGUUAAAAAGUAAGCAAUAAGAAGUCUUGCCUGACUGAAAAAAUAAGUAAACUAAAACAGGAGCACCGCACACGGUGUAAGCGUUUCUCUUACAAGGGCAAUAACUAUCAAUAAUCAAGUUUAACAUUACAUCAUAAUUAUACCUUUUAGAAUAUGUUAGAAUAUUUGGCAAGUGUCCCUUGUCAUGAAACACAAGUAUUCCAAGUUUCAUGAUAAUACUUUUUAUAGUUUAUGCAGGCAAUUUUGACAAAAUAAUCUUAUUUUAAAAAAUGCAUAACUCGAAAGAUAUAGCUUUUAGAAUGAUACACGUCUUACAACUGCACCUUGUUAUGAUCGGCAAGCAUUCUUAGUUACAUGUUGAUACCUAUCAAAACGUUUGAAAAAUGGGCAACACUCACAUUAAAAAGUUGUGCACGACGACGACGACGAAGCGAUCAUAAUAGUUCGAUUUCUUCGAAAUAUAUGAGCCAAUAAUGUCAGUGAUACUAAUGACAAUGCUGGACUUUGUCCACGAUAUAAAACCUUUUCAAUAACAAGCUAUUUUCCUGUUAUUUGUUGGCGUCCAGUUAUAUAAAAAUGCCUUUUUAUGUUAGCUAACCGACUGAAUUAAUAAGUAUAUAAAAUGAUAAUAGUAUGCAUUAACUU